AGACUCCAUGGGGGUGGGGCCUAGAUGAUAGAGGGGCCCUAGAGGCCCCCCAAGCCUAGACUGGGGACAUGGUGUGGGAAAGGCAGCGGGGACGGGGUCCUGGGGCCUGGGCAGCCAAGGGGCCUGGAAAGAUGAGGGCAGGAGCAGGGAGGGGCCAGUCAGGAUGGUGAGGAGAAGCCGGAGACAGAAGCUGAAAAAAUUGACCAGGCUGUGCAGACAGGAGGAGGGGCUCAGGGUGAAGCGCAGCUGCCCUUCUUGUGGCCUGGAGGCUGGGGGUGAAAAGAAGGAAAGAGGGAACCCUAUUUCUGUUCAGUUGUUCCCCCCAGAGCUGGUGGAACACAUCGUCUCCUUCCUCCCUGUCAAAGACGUGGUCGCCCUAGGCCAGACCUGCCACUACUUCCAUGAAGUGUGUGACGCCGAGGGCGUGUGGAGGCACAUCUGUCGAAGGCUCAGCCCACGCAUCCGUGACCAGGGUUCUGGGGCCCGGCCCUGGAAGAGAGCUGCCAUUCUUAACUAUACAAAGGGCCUGUAUUUCCAGGCCUUCGGAGGACGCCGCCGAUGUCUCAGCAAGAGUGUGGCCCCCAUGCUAGCCCAUGGCUACCGCCGCUUCUUACCCACGAAGGACCACGUGUUCAUUCUUGACUAUGUGGGGACCCUCUUCUUCCUCAAAAACGCUCUGGUCUCGUCCACCCUUGGCCAGAUCCAGUGGAAGCGUGCCUGCCGCUACGUGGUGUUGUGUCGAGGCGCCAAGGAUUUUGCAUCCGACCCAAGAUGUGACACAGUUUACCGGAAGUACCUCUAUGUUUUGGCUACUCGGGAACAGCCAGCAGUGGUGGGCACCACUGGUAGCCGGGCCUGCGACUGUGUGGAGGUCUAUCUGCAGUCCAGCGGACAGCGGGUCUUCAAGAUGACAUUCCACCACUCCAUGAGUUUCAAGCAGAUCGUUCUGGUUGGCCAGGAGACCCAGCGGGCCCUGCUACUCCUCACAGAGGAAGGAAAGAUCUACUCCUUGGUUGUGAAUGAGACCCAGCUGGACCAACCACGCUCCUACACAGUGCAGCUGGCCCUCAGGAAGGUGUCUCGAUGCCUGCCUCACCUGCGUGUGACCUGCAUGGCUUCUAACCAGAGCAGCACCCUCUAUAUCACGGACCAGGGGGGAGUGUAUUUUGAGGUGCAUACCCCAGGGGUGUAUCGUGAUCUCUUUGGGACCCUUCAAGCCUUUGACCCUCUGGACCACCAGAUGCCGCUUGCUCUCUCCCUGCCUGCCAAGGUCCUCUUCUGUGCUCUUGGCUAUAAUCAUCUUGGCCUGGUAGAUGAAUUUGGCCGGAUCUUUAUGCAGGGAAAUAACAGAUACGGGCAGCUGGGAACUGGAGACAAGAUGGACCGAGGGGAGCCCACACAGGUUCAUUAUCUGCAACGCCCCAUCGCCCUGUGGUGUGGCCUCAACCAUUCCUUGGUGCUGAGUCAGACCUCAGAUUUCAGCAAGGAGCUGCUGGGGUGCGGCUGUGGGGCCGGAGGCCGGCUUCCUGGCUGGCCCAAGGGGAGUGCCUCCUUUGUCAAGCUGCACAUCAAGGUCCCCUUGUGUGCCUGCUCCCUCUGCUCCACCAGAGAAUGUCUCUAUAUGCUGUCCAGCCACGACAUUGAACAGUGCCCUGCCUAUCGAGACCUGCCAGCCAGCAGGGUGGGAGGGAGCCCUGAACCUAGCCAGGGGGCUGGAGCCCCCCAAGACCCUGGGGGAACAGCCCAGGCCUGUGAGGAGUACCUCAGCCAGAUCCACAGUUGCCCCACGUUGCAGGACCGAAUGGAGAAGAUGAAGGAGAUUGUGGGCUGGAUGCCCUUGAUGGCAGCCCAGAAAAAUUUCUUCUGGGAGGCACUGGACAUGUUGCAGAGGGCUGCUGGUGGGGGUGGCCCAGGCACCUCGACCCCUGAGAGCUGAGCCCCUCUUCCUAGCCUUUCCUCCUGAAGGAAGUCGGGUCCUGGGCUAGAGCUGAGAAGAGAUGGAGUGUCAAAGGACACUGUGUGUACACGGGGUGGGAGGUGGAGUUGUGGGGAGUAGUGCUGCGUAUUUGAGGGGAGGGAGGGACCUCUUUUAUAAAUGUGGGGGGGGGGCUGCCCAGGAGGGGCCCCCAACCUGACUAUCAUGAGCGAGAAAUUUGAUGGACAGUAGAAUAAAAGGCUAA